CAUUUUGUUGUUAUGAAAGUAAAGGAGAAAAAAGAGAAGAUGCUAAACCUCAUGUUGUUAAGGACAUUUUGUGGUGUAAGGACACAUGUUGUUAUACGCCUCCAAGUUGUCACUCAUAGUCAUGAUGGCUCCAGCAAAACCUCAACGCAUUCGUCACCUGGUGGGAACAACUUGGGAAAGCGCGAUGAAGAAGGCGAGGACAAUGAGUAGUGAAAGUGAGAGUGAAUCAUCAUCAAUGAAAGACGCAUUCUCCAAAUAUGCCGAUUACCUCAAUAACCUUAAUGAUAAACGAGAAAGGGUGGUAAAAGCUAGUCGCGAUAUUACUAUGAAUAGCAAGAAGGUUAUUUUUCAAGUGCACAGAAUGAGCAAGCAGAACAAAGAGGAAGUUCUGGAUAAAGCAUUAAAAGAUCUGGCAGCUGUGAAUGAUCAAUAUUUGUCCCGGCUAGUAAAGGAACUGCAAGGGACUGAUUUCUGGAAGUUAAGACGAGCAUAUUCUCCUGGGGUUCAAGAAUAUGUUGAAGCUGCAACACUUUGUAAUUUCUGCAAGACUGGGACUCUGUUAACUCUUGAUGAGAUUAAUGCGACCUUGCUCCCAUUAAGCGAUCCUUCUGCUGAACCCUUGCAGGUUAACAUCUUAGACUAUAUCUUAGGGCUUGCGGACUUGACAGGAGAAUUAAUGAGGUUAGCAAUCGGUCGAAUAUCAGAAGGAGAACUUGAUUUUGCUGAGAAGAUCUGCAGCUUCGUACGUGAAAUUUACAGGAACCUUACUCUUAUUGCCCCGGAGAUGGAUGAUAGUUCAGACAUGAAACAGAAAAUGGAAGUAAUGCUCCAGAGUGUAAUGAAGAUAGAAAAUGGUAGUUGGAUAUUCAGAUUCCAUCUGAAUCCUGGAAAGCUUGUUUUAGUGUUCAUGUAAGAGGAUCGGAGUAUAUUCCCCUCCUUGGAUCUGCUGACACCAGUUAUCCACUGUUGGGCAUGCCAGACAUUGAUUGAAUGAGGAGGCAGAAAGAGAGGUGCUUGUUUGCUGUUGAAGUUGUUGAUGCAGCUCCCUGCCUGCAUAUGCAAAAGGUGAAGAGCGACAAACUGGAGUGGAAAAGAAUUUUAGGAAGGGAUGCUUUUCUAAGGUACCUGGGCGGAACUAUGUGACUUUAUAGGGGAAAUUGCAUAGCUUGUAAUUACUUUAGUCCACCUACUGACCUAGAAGAUGGAUUGUGAAAUUGGUUAUUUUUUCAAAUUCCUGAAGAUUAUCCUUUCUCUAUCUUGUCUUGAAUAUAUGGCACUUCCAUGCCCCCUCUCUCCGUUGUGUAUUUUACCCCUGUGGAAUCUGGGAAUCAUUGGAUGAUACUUCAAUGGGUUCAACAUCUUUUGUGUAAUGCAUCUCUUUUUGGGGCA